UACCCCCACCAUCCCACUCUUCAUACCCCCGCCUACUGCUCCAUACAUUGUUUUGAAUCCUAUGCGCAAUGUACAGAUCGUGCCAUGAGCACAUCUCAUUGUAAGGGCAAGUACUGUCAAAUACUGAGAGUAAAUAUCGAGGAUCAUCUAAAAUGAAUCUGCUGUAUGCACAAUUUUGAGUUUGACGAGUACACAUAGUGAAUUUGAAGAUGGGGUGCUGCACGGGGAGGUGUGUGUUCAUAUUCUUCUGCGCUAUUCAGCUGAUCACUGCUGUGGAGAGACAGGUGUUUGAUUUUCUGGGUUACCAGUGGGCGCCCAUCCUUAUCAACUUCCUGCACAUCAUUGUGGUGAUAUUGGGUUUGUUUGGGACAGUCCAUUAUAAGCCCAGAUAUAUUAUUUUGUAUAUAGUCUGGACUCUGUUUUGGGUGACAUGGAACAUCUUUAUAUGUUGCCUUUAUCUUGAUCUCGGAGGUCUCUCUAAGGAUAGUGAUUAUCUGUCACUGGGAAUUUCCUCUCACCGGACAUGGUGGAAAGACAACAGUCUGGGCUGCAAUCAUGUAAAACCCCAAACCGCUAGGUGGCAGCAUCUAGACAGUCCUGCUCAAGUUGCUGAACUGGGAUGCAUUCUAGAAUAUCAAUACAUUGAAGUCUUACACAGUGCUAUUCAACUAUUUAUUUCUGCCCUUGGAUUUGUUUUCGCCUGCUACAUCAUCAGCAUCUUCAGUGAAGACGAAGACACAUAUUUGUACAAGUGAAAAUGUCCAGAUCUUAUCAACUUUCCCAGGAAGAGAAAGAAAAAUAUCAGGAAAGUUCACCGUUUCUCAGUAUAUUCUCAGCCAACAAAAGAAACCCCAUGAGAGAUUACAGAUUAUGUAUAUAAUAAGAUAACAAUACUUCAGACAACAAUUACGGACAAAGCAAUUAAAAUUAUUAAAAGACAAAUAGGCAUCUGUACAUACUAGUUCAUCUCUUGUAUGAUCUGAAUCUGAAGAAUCUUUCACAUUUUCAGCACUGAUUUUGGGUGGAAUGGAUUUAAGCAUGUUAAACUUGUGUUAAGAGUACCUGAAUCUUAUUGGUAGCUGAAAGCAAAUCAAAUUAGACAGAAUAUUUUGUGAAUGUUCCAAGUCUUCAAAAUUCUGUGGAGUAUGAAAAUCAUGUGUUCAUGCUAAUAACACAGUGACCAAUUAAAGUGAAUGAAACAAAGUCAUGGCAUAUUUGAAUGGUCUGUUUAAACACAAGCUAUUUUUUGUUGUGCAAAGUCUGUGGCUUUUUAGUCCUACAAUUCAAGGGGGUAUUUAAUGUACA